GAUCCCGGAUGUUGACGUCAUCGGUUAGACGAACAGACAUUUUGAAGAGAAAUAUUGCCAGCGUUCUACCGUUUAUUCGUGUUUUCUCCAUCAAUACCCGUUCGGCUUCAUAUAUUGCACAAUUAAAUCAUAAAUAGUUUAAUGAUGGCAAACCAGGCACCUGUCCCCGCCAACAAUGGCAUGUUAGAUGAUGAUACUUUUGAAAGGGAUCUCAAAGAAAUGUUAGAAGAUGGGCCUGCACUUAAUGAUAUGAGCAGUCCUGUCCAGGGUGGAAACGUAACAGCACAGAAUAAGCCCGCCAUGAAUAACCCGCCCCCGAUCUACAGAGCGCAGGAUGACUCGGCACAUCUCCCCACACGUUUGCCACAGUCUGAUAUACCACGAUCUCAGAGUAUGAAUAUACCCCCAGUGUCUCGAGAUAUCCCACUAUCAGGGAGUCAAACAAACGGAGCAGGGGCAAAUGGGGACUUCAACCCAAAACAACCAUUAACACAACAAGCUGCAUCCAAAAUAGACUUGCUUAAAACUUGGAGUAUAAAUACAUAUAAAUGCACAAAACAAAUGCUAUCAGAGCGCCUUGGAAAAGGCUCAAGGACGGUAGAUUUAGAAUUAGAAGCCCAAAUUGAAGUUUUACGUGAUACUCAGAAAAAGUAUGCUAAUAUUUUACGAUUGGCUAGAGCAUUGACCAAUCAUUUUUACCAUGUGGUUCAGACGCAGCGUGGUUUAGGGGAAGCAUUCACAGAACUUAGUCAGAAGUCACCGGAGCUUCAAGAUGAAUUCACAUACAAUGCAGAGACGCAAAAAAACUUAACCAAAAAUGGCGAGACCCUUUUAGGUGCAAUGAAUUUCUUCACAUCGACUGUAAAUACUUUGUGUAACAAGACAAUGGAGGAUACCUUAUCAACCGUGAAGCAGUAUGAACAAGCUAGGUUAGAAUAUGACGCUUAUCGAACUGACGUAGAAGCUCUCAAUCUUGGUCCUAGGGAUUCUACAAACAUUCCAAAGAUAGAGGAGGCCAACAAAAAGUUUGCAGGAUGUAAAUCCAAAUUUGAUAGACUCCGAGAGGAUGUAUCUGUGAAAUUGAAAUUUCUUGAAGAAAAUAAGGUACGUGUAAUGCACAAACAACUUUUGUUGUUCCACAAUGCCAUUGCGGCUUACUUCUCUGGAAAUCAAGCGGGUUUGGAGAACACGUUGAAACAAUUUAACAUCAAGCUUAAGGCGCCCAAUAGCGGAGGUCCUAGCUGGAUCGAGAAAUAGACCCCCAUCCCUUGUCUGCCUGUCUGUACUGUGGUGAAAGUGAUGCAUAAACAGCUUCUACUCUUCCAUAACGCCAUAGCAGCUUAUUUCUCUGGCAACCAGACUGCGUUGGAGGAGACGCUCAAACAAUUCAAUAUCAAACUACGCGGCGGGAACAUGGAUGGGCCAUCUUGGAUAGAACAAUAGAUUUGAUUGGUUGAUGAGAUAUAACAAAAGAUUUGAUUGGUUGAUGAGGCAGCUCUAAAGCAGAUGCUCAAAAACAUUCAACAUGAAAUAACUUUGUGGGAAAAUAGACCGAAUUUUUGGACAGGACAUAAAUUGAUUGGUUGACAAGGCAGAUUAUUGAUUGGUUGAUCUUUUGUACAGAAAUGUAACUUAGAGUGGGAUCUAAUGUUCAUCUACAUGUAGACCAGGUGAUCAGGUCUCAUCUUUAUUAGAAAGGAUUACAAUAUGAAAUUAGCAUAUUUGGAGUCAAUAUGAAAAUAACUAUUUUAACACAAUAUGGAUAGUGGGAUAUAGUGUAUUUGGAUACAAUAUAUGGAUAUAGCAAUUUUGGAGACAAUAUGAAAUGGAUAUAGCAUAUUUGGAUACAGUUACGGUUAUUCGUAGAAAUAAGUAGAAAUAAUGAAAGAACUUUUCAAAAAAUAUUUGAACA